GGUUCAAAGCAAAAGCAAAAGCAAAACUACAACCGCUCGGCUCCUGGUCUCGAUAGUCAUCGUUGUUCACUUUCCUCAGUUAUCCCACCACUGCCUGCUCCCAUUCUUACUGAUUUGCCCUAAAUAACACAACACAUUCCUUCCCGGGGAAAUCUUUCGAUUUCAAUGGCGAUUAGGGCACUCUGACUUCUAGGACUAUAAGUACUAUAAGCAGAGGUAUGGCUAAGGUUGCUGCAGCGGCUCAGACAAGUACUAUUCCGUUUGGUGGCGGAGGAGGUUCUAAGGUCACUACCACGACUACUACUAUGAAACGGAAAACUCCGUCUGAGUUGCGGGGGGAGCUGCUGAAACGGAAGAAUGUCAUAGAGCUUGUAGAUGAAUCUCUCUUUCCUGCAACUGCUUCUACAAGGGAUGGCGAGGGAAAUGUUCCUGUCCAAAAAAAUGACUUACCCAAAAAUCCGAAAUAUAUUGAUACUCGCAUGGAUGAAUUAUUUCCUGCCAGAAAAAAUAGUAUCAGACUUAGGUUGCUCUCAAAACAGGAACACUCCAAGGAUAAUGCUCCUGUUGAAGUUAGUGGCAGAUUGAAGGCUUCCUCUGCUCCCAUGAAUAUGGCUGAUGAGAGUCGAGCAAAAACAUCAUGUAAGGAGGACUUUGUCACUUCAGUUGCCUUCUGUGAAGAUAGGGCCACCAAAACUUGUAACACAGCUGAAAAAUGUGGUGAGAGUACCUUUCGUAAUGUGGCCGAGCUAUCUCUGGGCGGUGAUAGUUUGUCUGGCCCGUUAAAUGUUGACAUGGAUAAAGCUUUAAAAGGAUUGGUUGCCAACGAUCGUCUUACUGCUUCAGCAUCACUAGCUAAGUCUUCGGAAUUGAAGUUGCAAAGUUCCUUCUCAGAUUUCAUUAUUUCUGGAAACAAAACUCCUCUGGAUUUGACCCUAAAAACUACUAUGCGGGUAGUGUCCUCGACCUCAGUGAACUGGUUUCAUAGGUCAGUGAAUUGUGGCACCUUCUGCAGUAAAUUUGAGGGUGGUUCUCAGGAUGGUAAGUCUGUAGGUCAGGAUAUGGCCGGUUCCACAGAACUUGGUUCAUUAACUCCCAGAUGCGAUGCAGGGGGGUUGUCAUCGUGGGUGUUUCCACAGUCUUCUUUACCUCCUUCAGUUAUAUCUGCAUUGACCUCUGCAGCAGUGGGAGGGCGAGUGGAUUUCUUGACAAAUCGGCAAAAGGCUUGGGAGGACUCAUUUCGGAGUCUAUACUACUUACUUAGAAAGAACAUCUGUAACAUCUUUUACGUAUGCACUGCACAGUUUGUUGUGAUGUUUACUGCUUGUGAUGGUCCAAAAGAAACAAAACGUAGUUGCAAUGCUUAUAUAUCUCAGUCCACGAGAGGUUUGAGGUCACUUCUGAAAGAACAUGAUGUUUGUUUUUCUAUGCCUCUUUGCCACUCUAAGAUGGAUGAAGUUAGUGCAGAAGACCUGAUUGAGCUUUCAGUGCUUGAAAACCAUAAUCUUGAGGGUCAACAUUUUGUUGCCAUGUCUGAUGUGAAUAACAGCCCACAAUCUCUGCUCAUGUUUACUGGAAACCAAAGUGUGCAUGGUUUAUAUGAUUUUCUGCUAAAUUAUAGAUUCUUUUUCUUAUCUUUGACUGGUGUGGAUGUUCCCAUCUUGUAUUCACCGGUGCCAUUUGAAAAUGCUGCUCUUUCUGCUCCACAGGUUAGGUGCAAGGAGGUUAGGCGAGCUGAUCAAAUGCAUUUGCCACUGAAAAACUGUAAUGCAACUGAUGAAUCCACCCGGGAUUCAGCUGCUGGUAUCCAUUACAGUGUCGAAGUGAAGGAUGCAUAUCUUCCACCAUGGAUAAUUAGCUGCAUAUGCAAUGCUAUGGGAUCUGAUGGGACUAGCUUUGAGGCCAGUUUCGUGACAGAGCCCACGUCAAUUGGCUUGAAUGUUGGUCUGGACACUAUUGGUCAGGAUUCUCAUCCUCAAGCCACAACCUAUGAAGCAUUGCCAAAAGAUAUCUGGAAUUUUGGUAUUCAAAACACCAGCUUUUCUCCUCACCUUCGUUCCGCCUUCUUAAAAGGCUUGAAGUACAACAGUGGUUCAUACACAGCUUCACUUUCACGCGUUUAGUUACACAGCUUGAAGGAGCUCACUAACCUAUUUUUGUGUAAUUGCAAACCGGGUUCUUCCUUUUGCAAUCUAGACAUGUGUACAUUAUCUGACCUAAUCUUAUGUAACACCCACUCCUUUUCGCUGAACCAGUUUACUUUGGAAAACAUCCGAGCGUUUGUUGAAUUAGUCAAAGCUUUGGAUUUGUGUUGCCUUCAAACAGUUAAAAAGGUAUCUGAUCCGGGUCCACCUGCUGUGUACAUGAUUUUUUUUAAAAAAAAAUUAUUUUCAAGUGAGUGAUUGUGAACCAAGAUUUUCCAUGUACAAUUUCUUUCACUUUAUCAUUGAAGUCAAUCCUCCCCCUCCA